AAUGCAUAGUGUUGGAGACAGCCGGAAGUUUACCUGGGAACCGGAAGUAGUUCUGGAAACAGCAGCAGCAGGGUACUGGGGAGCUGGGCUCUCCUUACGUGCUGCCCUGUCAUGGCGGAGAGCAAGAAGAUUGGCAAUGCCUUCCUCCCCACCGAGUCCAUGAAAGUGAUCGCUGAGUCUAUAGGGGUGUCCCAGAUAUCGGAGGAAACCUGCCAGCUCCUAACACAAGAAGUCAGUUUCCGAAUAAAAGAGGUCACCCAGGAUGCUCUGAAGUUCAUGCAUGUGGGCAAAAGACAGAAACUCACCACCAACGACAUUGAUGCUGCCCUCAAGCUGAAGAAUGUGGAGCCUAUAUAUGGUUUCCACGCCAAGGAGUUUCUGCCCUUCCGCUACGCUAGUGGUGGGGGACGGGAACUGCAUUUCUAUGAGGAAAAGGAGAUAGACCUAUGUGAUAUAAUCAGCACCCCACUGCCACGUGUGCCUCUUGACGUGUCCUUAAAAGCUCACUGGUUGAGUAUUGAAGGAGUGCAACCGGCCAUCCCAGAAAACCCUCCGCCAGUCCCCAAGGAGCAACAGAAAAUAGAAGCCACCGAGCCGCUGAAGGCCGCGAAGCCAGGACAAGAGGAAGGAGGACUGAAAGGGAAAGGACAGGGAGCUAAUGCGGUGGAGGGUAAAGGCAAGGAGAAGAAGAACACCAUUCUAGAGGGAGGCCCACUGAAGCUGAAGCCUCGCAGCAUCCACGAGCUGUCUGUGGAGCAGCAGCUGUACUACAAGGAGAUUACAGAGGCCUGCGUCGGCUCCUGUGAAGCCAAGAGAGCCGAAGCUCUGCAGAGCAUCGCUACUGAUCCAGGCCUGUACCAGAUGCUGCCGCGGUUUAGCACUUUCAUUUCAGAGGGGGUGCGAGUGAACGUUGUGCAAAACAACUUGGCGCUACUCAUUUAUCUCAUGCGAAUGGUGAAGGCUCUCAUGGACAACCCCACCCUCUACCUGGAGAAAUACCUACACGAGUUGAUCCCAGCGGUGAUGACCUGCAUCGUCAGCCGCCAGCUCUGCCUCCGUCCCGACGUGGAUAAUCACUGGGCUCUGAGGGACUUUGCUGCCCGGCUCAUCGCGCAGAUCUGCAAGAACUUCAGCACCACCACCAACAACAUCCAGUCGCGAAUAACUAAGACGUUCACCAAGAGUUGGGUUGAUGACCGCACGCCUUGGACUACACGGUAUGGAUCCAUCGCCGGCCUUGCAGAACUUGGACCGGAUGUCAUCAAAACUGUGAUCGUUCCACACUUGUCAGUGGAGGGAGAGCGGCUUAGGGCCAUCCUGGAGGGGCCGGUGAUAUCCAACAUCGAUAAGAUCGGAGCAGACCACGUACAGAGCCUCCUGCUGAAACACACCGCCCCGGUGCUCGUCAAACAGCGCUCUGCCCCCGACGUACCGGAAGCAUACCGGACGGAUUUCGGGUUCCUGGGCCCUACACUCUGCUCCCACGUGUUAAAGGCCAGAGCACAGAGCGCUCUGCAAGGGCCACAGGUGAACCGGACAACCCUGACUGUCACACAGCCUCGUCCCACUCUCACCCUCUCUCAGCCAACCUCAGGCUCCAUUACACCAUCCUCUCGCCCGUCGGGAAUAAUUAAGGUGACUGGGUCCUUAACUUUGCCAGUACAGACCUUAGUAAGUGCCCGUCCUGCAACGCCGACCCAGCCUUCACCACCACCCACCAAGUACAUUGUGGUGUCUUCAGCCGGGAGCACUGGGACCCAGGUCCUCACGCCCACCGGAGUCUCUUCCUCGUCCACACCCUGCCCCCCAGGCGUCCAGCCCAUCGUGAAGCUUGUAUCGGGCGGGCCGACCAGCGGCGUGGGGGGGUCCGCAGCCGGGGGCAGCAGCGGGAUGCAGAAAUACAUUGUCGUGUCACUUCCGCCCACGGGUGAAAGCAAAACCCCACAGCCCUCUCCUCCCUCCGCUACAGAUGCCUCCAAGUUGUGACAGAGACUCCUGUGAUGAAUGCGUGGUGUGUGCUUGUAUGAAUGCGUCCGUGUGUAAAAUGGUAAAUAUAAACAUUUUAUUAAUAAAAUACAGAAAAUA